AUGAAAAUUCAGUUUAAUUACGUGGUUUCAGCCACCGUCGCCUUCGUUUUCAUCGUUACUUCGACGAACGCGAAAAAUGUCCCGCAGUAUGCGGUGCCAAAGAAUCAGUCGAGUCCAGCCAAACCAAGUACGAGAAUGUUGUCUAGUAAAACAAUCCUUCUUAUCACGCCUGCAGUGAGUGAUACUAUGGUAGCGUCCGUAAACACCAUCGAGACGACAACUAUUAAGGUAUUCGUACCGGUCAAGAAUACCAUGGCGACAACGACUGUCAAGGGAACGAACAAAAACGCCACCUCGAAGAAGUCUAUUGCGGGUAAGGCCGCCUCACAGGCGGUGAAAAUAGCCAACGUAGAAAAGGUAACCGAAAACCAGACGGACGAAAAUCGAAUUAUGAUCAGAAGAUAUACCGACACAAAUCAACAAACGGCGAUCAUCAAACCGGGAAACAGAAAAUGUAAGGAGGGAUUUAUUAAAACGUCUAGUGGAUAUUGUAAACCAAUAUUUCGAGACGAAUAA